GUAUGGUGGUGAAUGGCUUCGUGAACGUGGUGAUCACAACCAUAGAGAGGAGGUUCGGUCUACGGUCGAUGCAGACUGGAGUUAUAGCUGGCGGGUAUGACAUGGCUUCCUUCGCCUGCCUCGCUCCAGUCACAUACCUCGGAGGUAGAAGCAGUUCCUCCAAACCCAGGUGGUUGGGGUGGGGGGUGCUGCUCAUGGGAUUGGGGUCUCUGCUCUUCGCGUUGCCACACUUUGUCGUCCCGCCGUACAAAGUGGCGGGAGAGGAAACGGAUGACCUCUGCAUUGUGAAUGCAACUUCCAGUUCGUUGAAAGACGAGCCUGCAGAGGGCGGCGCCUGGGCGGUCGCGGUGUUCGUGGCAGCGCAACUGCUGCACGGCGCGGGGGCUACUCCGCUGUUUACGCUUGGCGUCACCUAUAUUGACGAAAACGUGUCCAAGAAGAUGUCUUCCGUUUAUUUAGGUGUAUACUACACAAUGGCGGUAGUUGGCCCAGCGCUGGGCUACGUGGUCGGCGGCCAAAUGCUCAGAAUUUAUACAGAUUUUGCGACUGUCGAUUCAGAAACGUUGGGUGUAACACCCCUGAGUUCGUCUUGGAUAGGCGCGUGGUGGAUCGGCUUCAUCCUGUCAGCAAUUCUUUGUUUGAUCGUAGCGUUACCAUUGCUCGCCUUUCCCUAUGAACUUCCAGGAGCUGCGGAAAUUCGAGCAUCGAAAGUAUCAGAAGCACACGAAAGUGCCGAAACAAAAACAGCAGCUUUCAGCGCUUUACGAGAGUUACCAAAAGCAAUUGCAGCGCUGGUCAAAAAUCCAACCUUUAUGUUUUUGAAUCUAGCGGGAGCCAGUGAGGGAAUGCUCAUAUCGGGUUUUGCGGCGUUUUUACCGAAACUUAUUGAAAAUCAGUUUUCCGUUAAUCCGUCACAGGCUGCAUUGUUGUUGGGUGUAAUAACAGUUCCAGCAGGUGGAGGGGGGACGUUUCUUGGGGGUUGGCUGGUGAAGCGUUGGCGAUUGGCUUGUGCUGGUAUCAUCAAGCUGUGUGUGGUCGCUACUUUACUUGCUACGGUGUUCUCCUUUUCAUUCGUGCUCAGUUGCGACAACUACCCGUUUGCUGGUGUCACCGUACCGUACAACAGUCCUAGCAUUUCUGGCGGUGACCAGCUGACCGCGCAGUGCAACGCGGCGUGCGGCUGCGGGUCGCGCGCGGCGGCCGUGUGCGGCGCGGACGGGCGCGCGUACGCGUCGCCGUGCCGCGCCGCCUGCGCGCGCGCCCUCACGCGCGGCGCGCACACGCUGUACCAGCGCUGCGCCUGCGUGGCGCCCGCCGCCGCGCUGCCCGUCUACUACGACGCAGAAACCAACACAUCCAUACCUUACGAAGCUAUAAACAGCACAUGCAGUUCUGAGUGUGUUUACCUUUGGCUCUUCGUGUUUCUGUCGUUUUGUCUCAUGCUGUUCACGUUCAUUGCGACAAUGCCCGCACUGUCCGCUACGUUAAGGUGCGUGCGUGAGGAGCAGCGCUCGUUCGCGCUGGGCCUGCAGUGGAUCGUGGUGCGGCUGCUGGGCACCAUCCCCGCGCCGCUGCUGUUCGGCUUCCUCAUCGACCGCGCCUGCCGCCUGUGGGCCGCCGGCGCCUGCGCGCUCUACGACAACCUGCACAUGAGCAGGUACAUGUUAGCGUUAGCGCUAAUAGGUAAGUUAUGUUCACUAUUAUUCUUCUUCUUCGCUUGGUGGUUCUACCGGCCGCCCGGUGGGAAGAACAACAACGCGGUCGCACCAUCGGCAGAUCUACCAGGACACGACAAGACCAAUGGCAACCUGCCCACCGUCACCACUAUAACUAAUGGUACUUUAGAUAGAAGUAACGGCUACUGCAACCAAGCGCUCGAGUGCAGUGACCAUUUGUGAGCGAUUUUUUAAUGUUGUGAAAUUAUUUUUGUUCGAAUGCGUUUAGUGUAUGUCCUGGAUGACCGAAAAUUAAGGUCAGCUAAAAAAAAUUAAAAAAAAAAUGUGGUGAUUGUUUUCUUUGAAUAAAAACAAUGAGAAGUAUAAAAACAGGCGAAUAUUAAGAUUGGAUUUAAGAUUAAUCUGUUUUUUUUUUUUGUCUUUAAAUACAAUAGCAAUAAUUAUAACAGUUACAUUACUCGUUUUAGCGACAUACUGUAAAUUAUAUUAUAAAACUGAAUCGCGGUUUUCAAGUAUAAUUAUAAUGGUUAUUAUUAAAAUCGAUAUAACUAU